CCCGACCAAUAAAGUUGUGCUUUGAACAAGCAGGAGGGGGGUUGCGUCACUGUGAUGGCGGCGAGCGGGGUGACUACAGUAACGGUGCUGGCCCCGAACGGGAGGCGGCAGCAGGUGAAGGUGGCGGCCGGCACCCCGCUGCUACAGGUUUUAGAAGAGGUGUGUAGAAAGCAAAAUUUGGAUCCUGAAGAAUAUACCCUCAAGUUCCAGAGAACACUUUUGGAUUUAUCACAGCAGUGGAGGUUUGCUAAUGUACCUAACAAUGCUAAGUUGGAGAUGGUUACAGCUACACGUCAACGUGUUGGUGGAGCAGAGAGCAAGGUCCGUAUUGCUUUGCAGCUGGAAGAUGGGUCCAGGCUUCAACAUCUCUUUCCAUCUGGAUUAACGCUGUGGGAUCUUCUUCAUCACUUUCCUCAGACCAGGAUUACUGAACAGCAGCUGUUGGAAUCUACUCCAGUCUGUGUUUCUAUGAGGGAUGAGAUAGCUGGAGAAAAUGCAUUAAGGAAAACAACCCUUAAAUCAAUUGGACUCACUGGUGGUAGUGCCAUAAUUAGGUAUGUUCUGAAGAAAUCCAUUGUGGAUGGACAAACUGAGCUUGCGGAUUUGGCAACCGUAUCUGACGAGCAGCCAGUGAAUAAACCCAACACUGUGUUGACUGAGGCCGUUGAUGUAUCUGUAGCUCAGUCUAUGGAUGAAUCUGGCACCAAUGGGUUGAUCACAGAAAUUAACUCAAAUGGAACUGUGGAAGUACUUGCAGAGCAAAAAGUCCGGAGUCCAAGUCCGGAGUUUGAAGACACUUGCCAAAGGAAAGAAGGUGGCAAGAAAUUGCCAGCUGAAGAGAUCAGAUCAGAGCCAUCAAUAAAACCAAGUCAUGGUACAGAAGAGCCUGAUGUUCCUGAGCUAGCUCUCCCACCGGCUAGUCUACAAUCAAGCCAGUUAGAAAAAUUCAAACAUCAGUUUACCUCCGAUGAGCCAUCAAAGGCAGCAACAGUCUCUUCUAGUUUGGCUGGUCCACCACAUCCAAAGAAAUCGAAAACUAUCCAAUCAUCCCCAAAGAAGCCCGAUGAUAUUCGGCCACUGAAGUUGGAGAGCUCUGAAACAUCCACAGCAAAAGAAUAUUUGAAGCCCGUUGACAGAGAGGCACUUAUUUUCCAUUUGGAUAACAAAAGCCAAGAGGCACCUGAUUUUGAAGAACUACCUGAUGAAUUCUUUCAAGUAACAGUCGAUGAUGUUAGAAAACGGUUUGCUCAACUAAAAAGUGAAAGGCAAUUUUAUGAAGAGGCUCCAUUAUUAACAAAAUCUUUGAGAGAAUCUCAAAUGAGGGAAAAGACAGAACGUUAUCCUAAGGUUGUAUUGAGAGUGCAGUUUCCUGACAGACACGUCUUGCAGGGUUUCUUCAGACCUCUCGAAACAGUCGGAGCACUGAUGGAAUUUGUGAAGAUGCAUCUGGAGGACCCAGACAUUUCAUUUUAUUUAUUUAAAACACCACCUAAAGAGCUUCUCAGUGAUCCAGCAGCCACAUUGUUUCAGGCAAACCUAUUUCCUGCAGCUCUUGUCCACUUUGGCUCUGAAGUUAGAAUGGAUUGCUACUUAUGUGAAGAGUUUGUGAAGAUACCCUCCUCUGUUUCCCAGGCAGACCUUGCUGUAACCAGCUGCAUUCCCAGGUGUUCGACCCCCUGUACUAGUUCACUGACUUCCGAAGCAGCGCUUCAGCCCCUUGCGAGGAGUGAGGAAGACAAGGAAAUGAGGAGAGCACCUACAACAAACGCAGCCGGUUCUAAGCCGGUUCCCACUGACCCGAAUAAAGUUCCCAAAUGGCUCAAGCUGCCAGGGAAACAUUAAGAAGAGGAGGCACUGAUAAACUUCGAAGAGUGCAAGUCAAAUAACACCGAUUGCUUCUCCAUGAAAACGCUUUUAUUUUGCUUGUUUUCUUUAGAAUUUAAAUGAUCUAAAUUUAUGAAUCGUGUAAAAGAUUUGUUCCUAGGUUAGCAGGGAGUUUUACAAUAAAGUUGAAAUUCACUGCAAGUGGG